AGUUCGAAGUGUGGGGCCCACUGAAUUUCUACACCCUAGCGUGUCAUCCACUAUCAAUGGCGUUCAAGAAAGGCAUCUGGGGUGGGGGAUGGAGGUGAGUUAAAAGAAAGAGGGGCAAAGUAAAGUGGAGGGAGGCAGUGAAGACGUACGUAGAGGAGAUAGAUAGAGAUGGAGACAGGAGGAAGUGAUGAUGAAAACGCAGCAUACAUUCACAGGGUUGGGCCCCCUCAAAAAGUGAACCUAGUCAAGGAGAUCAAGGAAACGGUUAAGGAAACGCUAUUUUCAGAUGAUCCUUUGCGGACAUUUAAGGAUCAGUCAAGGUGGCGACAGUUUGUCCUUUUCAUGCGGGCGGUUUUCCCCAUUCUUGAAUGGGGAAGACACUAUAACUUGGCUAAGUUCAAAGGAGAUAUCCUUUCUGGUCUCACAAUCGCAAGCCUCGCAAUUCCUCAGGACAUUGGGUAUUCCAAGCUGGCAAACGUAGAACCUCAGCAUGCAUUAUACACCACCUUUGUUGCACCAUUGGUUUACUCAUUAAUGGGCAGCUCAAGACAUAUUGCCAUAGGGCCAAGUGCUGUUGUGUCUCUCUUGCUGGGAUCUAUGCUUCGGAUUGAAGUUGAUCCUGUUAAAAACAAACAUGAGUACAUGAGGCUUGCAUUUACUGCCACUUUUUUUGCUGGCCUCACACAAGCAACCCUUGGAAUUCUCAGAUUGGGAUUUUUAAUCGAUUUCUUGUCUCAUGCUUCUAUUGUUGGUUUUAUGGCUGGCACGGGCAUCACAAUAACCCUCCAGCAGCUAAAAGGUGUUCUUGGCAUAAGAAAUUUUACUAAGAAAUCUGAUAUUAUCUCUGUAAUGAAGUCUGUAUGGGGCGCAGUCCAUCAUGGAUGGAAUUGGCAGACCAUUCUCAUUGGAACUUCCUUCUUAGCUUUCCUGUUAGUAACAAAGUUUAUUGGGAAGAAAAACAAGAAAUUAUUUUGGGUACCUGCAAUUGCUCCACUAAUAUCUAUCGUUCUCUCUACUUUGAUUGUCUUCAUUACACAUGCAGACAGGAAAGGAGUUGCGAUUAUAAGAUACAUUAAAAAAGGAAUCAAUCCUCCCUCCGUGAAAGAAAUUUACUUUUCUGGAGAAAAUGUUUUGAAAGGACUGAAGAUCGGUGUUGUAACUGGCGUGAUUGCAUUAACAGAAGCUGUGGUGAUUGGGCGAACAUUUGCUUCCCUGAAGGGCUAUCAAGUGGAUGGAAACAAGGAAAUGAUGGCACUAGGAACCAUGAACAUUAUUGGUUCAAUGACCUCUUGCUAUGUGGCAACAGGUCCGCUUUCUCGGUCAGCAGUAAACUUCAUGGCCGGUUGCAAAACAGUAGUUUCUAACAUUAUCAUGUCCUGUGUUAUAUGUCUAACUUUGUUAUUUUUAACCCCCAUCUUUAAGUACACACCAAACGCAAUCCUUUCCUCCAUCCUUAUAUCUGCAGUCAUCGGCUUAGUAGAUAUUGAAGCAGUGAUCUUGAUCUGGAAAAUAGAUAAAUUUGAUUUUGUUGCUUGUAUGGGGGCAUUUCUAGGUGUGGUUUUUGUCUCUGUUGAGGUUGGUCUUAUAAUUGCGGUUUCAAUAUCCUUUGCUAAGAUUCUUCUACAAGUGACGAGACCUCGUACAGCCAGUCUUGGUAGGAUUCCUAAGACAAAUGUGUAUAGGAAUAUCCAGCAAUACCCAGAAGCAACUAUUGUUCCGGGUGUAUUGAUUAUUAGGGUUGACUCCGCAAUCUAUUUUUCAAACUCCAACUAUAUAAGGGAGAGAGUAUUAAGAUGGCAUGAAGAUGAGCAAGAACACGUGAAAGCAGCUUCCCUUCCCAGAAUUGAGUUUCUAAUACUUGAGAUGUCGCCUGUUACUGACAUCGACACCAGCGGCAUCCACGCCUUGGAAGAGUUGUACCAUAGCCUACAGUCAAGUAAUGUUCAGCUUGUUCUGGCAAACCCGGGAAAAGUGUUGCUUGACAAGCUUCAUGCAUCCAAAUUUGCCAACCUCAUUGGCGAGGACAAAAUCUUCCUAAGAGUAGCAGAUGCAGUGCAAGCAUGUACACCAAAAUUGGCAGAGGAUGUGUAAUGGAACUAAGCAAUGAGAGGCAGAGAUAUAGCAUAAAUGAAGAAAAGAGCCAUUUGUAAUAGUGGUAUGGGCCGGCUAAAUAAAGUGACUGAUACACUUAUCCAAUAAAAGGGUGAGUUCGCGUCUCGUUUUUGAGACGACAUAGGCUGUUUUCCUUUUUUAUUCGCCAGCCUCGAAUUAUCCCUUUUUUGUAUUCCAAAAAAAAAAAAAAAAAAAAAAAAAGUGAUUGAUACCCUUAUCCAAUAAAAGGGCAGGCCACAAUGGCUGGCCAUAUAUGCUAAGGUUGAGUAAAUUAAAGCAUUUCUCAA